AGUUUUGGCUUACAACCAGGGUUAGGUGCUUCUAAAUCAUUGUUAUUCACCUAUCAUUUCCCUAUGAUUUUAGGGAUAACUUAUGGAUAGGGUUAGGUUUAGGGGUAGGGAUAGGGCCAAGACUACAUUUUCGGAAAGGAAUGUCUUAGCAAAACCACAGUGAAAGUAUGACUUUCUUUCUUGUGUGAACAUAAUUUUAUUUAUUUAUUUUUGAAGAAUGUUUCUACUGUUUUUGUCCAAAUAAUUAAAGUCAGUGAGGUCCAACAACCCCACUGGACCCUAUUAACUUUCAUUAGAUGGACAAAAAAAAGAACUUUCAAAUAUUGUUUUUGUGAUCCACAGAAGAAAGUAAGGUUUAGAAUGACAUGAGGGUGAGUAAACGAUGACAGAAUCUUCAUUUAUCAUUUAUAUGAAAAAAUAUUUAUUUACUCCGGUCCAAAUGGUCCUGACUGGUACUGUUUACGCUCCUGUCCAUAGACCAAAAUAAAGACCUUUCAAUCAUUAUUUUUGAUUCAAUUCAGCAUUCCUGCAGGCAUAACAUGACCAGCAAAAUAAUGUUUGGUCUGAGAGAGAAGUUUCAAACAUAAUAAAUGUUGAAAAGCUCCACAUCAACUGUGCAGAAUUUCAAAUACUCUGAUCAGGCAGUCAGUUAAAGUCAUAUCCAACUCCCAUGCAUGCUGAAACCGCCCUUUUGAUGUCCUCGUAGUCCAGUCUCCAAUGAUAAGGAUCAUUUCUAAUAAGCAUGUCUCUAUGGUUUGACCUCCAGCGUAAAGACUUUGAAUAAAGAUGUUCCAUUUCAUUUUCUGUAUAGAUUAAUAAGUAUCUAUUCAGCUGUGGUCUGACACUUAUACCGUCUGCCGUGGGCCGAUGCACCACAUCUAACCCAAGCUCAAAGGUCCAUUGCAGAUUCAGAGUGUUAUCCCCAGUGGGAAAGUUAGAUGUUCUAAGUUUCGACUGAGGUGUGAGUUUUGUCAUGCUAAGGCGAUUGCAGAUUCUCCAGAGUGGCGUGCAAACGCAUACAUCAACACUGUCAGGUUUAGCUCACGGGACUGAAAUAGAUGUGACUGGUAACCAUGGUGACACCGGUGCCUGUUAUAUUUUGGCGCCAUUUCUCUAACAACCCGAGGCAGGAAAAUGCUCUGAACAAAAGUCACUAAAUUGACUACGAUGGCGCCGAACACUUCUAUUCUGGUUCAUUCAGUUUAAAACUGUGCAAGGCCAUGGUACAGAAUGCUCAAAUUAGGGAAUCCUGUUAGCUGUGGAAAUGAAUUAAGUUUGCCAUGGUGUGGUUUUGUGCAAAGGCAAGUGUGGGUUGCCUGUGACAUUCCUAAAGUAGAUUUGCUUUUCUUGAAGGAAAUAGCAGUGCUUGUAAGGCAGCUAAAGAAAAGUUCUGCUUAAUUAAAAUUCUGCAUCAACAGCCAUUUUGAUGGUCAGAAGGUCAAAGUAUUAUUUUAUAUGGGAUUUGAAUGUGUUUCAACACUGUUAAGGGUAAACUAAGCCAGAACAGAUAAAAAUGUUUGAAUAGUUUUCAAACAGGGUUUGUUUAACAGGGUUUUAAUGUGACCUUAAUUUGACUAGCGUUACAUUAUAAGAUCACACUCUUAUUCACGCAAAUGCUUUUAAACCAUUAAAGCACCACAAGACAAGCGAGAACACGCUGUCUGUCAAUGCCACACACAACUCAUGUGCACAGAAAGACGCGCGCCUGUAUCGAGUUCUGUGUCUUAAAUUAACUUUAAAUAGUUGUGAGAAGAUGAGAUGCGCGUUAAAUCCGCGUCAUGUCCGGCAGGCUAUAGCAUGAAGCGAAAAACAAGGUGCGAACAGAAUGUGCAUUACGUGGUUUGCAGAUCUGCAUUUCAAGCACUGUAACAAAUGGGAAAAGAAAGAAAGGAAAUAAACCCUAAAGUUAGUGCAAAUUGUCUAUUAGCGCGUGAAUCGCGAUGCCAAUAAUCAAUAAGGCGGCAGUGCAACUGUGGUUGGUCGCUGUCCAUGGUGCUGAAAGAAAACCAGCCCCAGCAAGCCUUUGAGAUCAAAACUCUAUUUUUCUCUCGCAACAUUUAAUCUGUGAUACGUCUACGUGACUAAUUUGGAAGGCAAUGAAGAAGAGGGAGGCCCUGCGCCAGGAAAUUCAUCACGGGGACGCGCACACAAACACGCAUGGCGCUCUGAGCUGCCGCAGCUGUUUUGGUUCACGAGCUUAAAUCAUUUUUGGUAAAGUCGAUUUUGUCAGAAGCUGCGCCGACUGAGGUAUUAUCUCAGAAAUCACAGUCCAUAAGUUAAAAACAAAAACAUAGUUUUGUCCGAAUCUAUUCGAUUAUUAUUUCUAAUUUCAGUUUUGUUUUAAGUAUAUAGGAUAUCUGAAAGACGCGUGUCCGUCAGUGUGGAUUAAUCACAUGAUUAGCCAAAUUUCUUUCUUAUAUUUGAAUGAAUUUGUUUUGGUAUAAUGUCGACGCAGUUCCUCACAAAAUCACACGUUUAUAAAUACACAUUAAAAAAGAUCACGUACAGCAUUUCUCCUUUUAUCGUCUCGGACAUCCUUAUUUGUCAUUGACCCAUGUAUAGAGAGCUGCAACAUAGAUAAUCUCAUUUUGAGCUUGCUGAUUGUGUUUGUCACAGUAAGAGACCUUCGCAUGACUCGAAUCCGUUCGCUCUUACAGCUCUGAUCUACUCUCACCUCUGAAAACUGUCUCCAUCUAGCGGCUUCCCCCACUGAACAUAUAGCAGCGCUGAAUGUGUGAAUCGAUAACCUGAGACGUAAAAAUAUCCGCAACGCUUUCCUCCCAGUCUCUGAGCACGUCAUUCAACACUUCAUUGAGUUCCAGCGAAACUCUAUUUAAUAAUAUUUCAAAGAAAGCCACUGAAUAACUUUACACAAUGCGCUCUAUAGGGUGUUCGCUUUUCCUUUUAUAAGAGAGACAAAUGCUAAGCAUUUAAAUGUAACACUACUCGUGGUACAUUAUGCACCAUUCACACAGGCUGUGUUACAUUCAUAUGUGUUAACCGAUGCCCGUAGCACGUGACACGCCUCCAAUGCGCCGUGAGCAGAAGCAACUUGGGCUCCACCGCAGACUCACAGAUCUUCGUCGGUAGCGGAUGAAGCAACUUCCAGCGAAUCAUUUGUUGCGGGUUCACUUUUUGUUCGGGCUACAGGCAGACCUUGCCAAACAGUUCUCGGGUCAUUGGAUUAUAUUUAACAGAAGCGUAUAGGAAAGUGACAUUCUCUGCUUUUGAAACACAGAGCGCGCACUCGCCAGGGUGGUCUUUUCUUCCUAUGAAAGGACCACUGUGGCAGGUUUCUCCAGUGUGAAACACAAAAGCUUUAGCCGGUAAAAAGGAUGUCCUUGGACAACGUGAAUCCUGAACCUGACUUCUAAACUUGUUGCAUUUGCUCUAGAACACCUCCGAGAGCGCAUUUCGGAUACUUAUUUGUGCGUAACGGCGGAACAGCGAUUCAAAGUGGACUAUAACUGAUGAUCUGUGUGUAAAAAACUGCACUUUUGCAUCAAAAUCCAUUUAUGAGGAGAUGUCCUUUCUGUUCGUGCCGGAUCUGUGAGCGCAAAGCCUGCUUCAGUCUCACCGGGUCGCGCACAUUGGGUCAGCAUGGCAGCCGGAGUCGCCGCGUGGCUACCGUUCGCGCGCGCCGCGGCCAUAGGAUGGAUGCCCGUGGCGAGCGCCCCGAUGCCGCCGCCUCCACGAGAAAAGAGGCGAGGUCAGGACGGCCUGAUCAUCUUGAAUGUCAGCGGCACUAGGUUUCAAACUUGGCGGAAUACUUUGGAGAGGUACCCUGACACCUUACUGGGAAGCACAGAGCGCGACUUCUUCUUCCACGAGGAAACCAACGAGUACUUUUUCGACCGCGACCCGGACAUCUUCAGGCACAUCCUCAACUUCUACCGAACCGGGAAGCUGCACUACCCUCGCCACGAGUGCAUCUCCGCCUAUGACGAGGAGCUGGCCUUCUUCGGCAUCAUUCCUGAGAUAAUAGGGGACUGCUGUUAUGAGGAGUACAAAGAUCGCAGGAGGGAGAACACGGAGAGGAUUCAAGACGAUGAGGAGAACGACAACAGCAAAGAUAUGGUGCCGCCGGAUAUGUCGUUCCGCGAGUCCAUGUGGCGCGCGUUUGAGAACCCGCACACGAGCACCAUGGCGCUGGUGUUUUAUUACGUCACAGGCUUUUUCAUCGCCGUCUCCGUUAUGGCCAAUGUGGUGGAGACGGUCCCGUGCGGCAGCGCGCCAAACCGGGCGAAGGAGAUCUCGUGCGGAGAGCGCUACGCCCUCGCGUUCUUCUGUUUGGAUACGGCCUGUGUCAUGAUCUUCACUGUUGAGUACCUGCUGCGUCUGAUCGCCGCGCCCAGCAGGUACAAGUUUGUCAAGAGCGUAAUGAGCAUCAUCGACGUGGUGGCCAUCAUGCCUUACUACAUAGGCCUGGUCAUGACGGACAACGAGGACGUAAGCGGGGCCUUCGUCACCCUCAGGGUCUUCAGGGUCUUUCGGAUUUUCAAAUUUUCGCGGCACUCCGCGGGACUGCGCAUCCUGGGGUACACGCUCAAGAGCUGCGCGUCCGAGCUGGGCUUCCUGCUCUUCUCGCUCACCAUGGCCAUCAUCAUCUUUGCUACCGUUAUGUUCUACGCAGAGAAGGGCUCCUCCGCUAGCAAGUUCACCAGCAUACCGGCGGCUUUCUGGUACACCAUCGUCACCAUGACAACGCUGGGAUAUGGAGACAUGGUUCCUAAGACCAUCAUGGGGAAGAUCUUCGGCUCUAUUUGUUCUUUGAGUGGGGUGUUGGUGAUCGCUCUUCCCGUUCCUGUCAUUGUGUCCAAUUUCAGUCGGAUCUACCAUCAGAGUCAACGUGCAGAGAAGCGGCGUGCCCAAAAGAAAACCAGGCUUGCUAGAAUUCGUGCAGCGAAGAGCGGUGGCGCUAACGCUUAUUUGCAGUACAAACGCAAUGGAAUGCUGGUGGACGCGGAGGAGGAGGCGUCAAAAGAGGCGGGCCAAGCUUUGGUAUGUAAGUCCAACCCAACUUUUGAGACCCAGCAUCACCAUCUCCUGCACUGCUUAGAGAAAACCACGAAUCAUGAGUUUGUGGAUGAGCAAACCUAUGAGACAAGCUGUAUGGAGGUUUCUCUAGCGAAGCCGUCCAUGUCGCGUUCCUCCUCGAUGUCCUCAUCUCCGCAUGGUCUUUCCUCCUGCUGCACGCGCAGAAACAAGCGCAAGAGCUUCAACGUCCCCAAUUCCAACAUGGUCGGCGGCCGCAAAGGCAGCAUACAGGAGCUCAGCACCAUCCAGAUCAGAGAGAGACCGAUGAGCAACAGCCGCUCCAGUCUCAAUGCCAAGUUCGAGGAGACGGUACCCCUGAACUCAGAUGAGCAGUCCUACAUCACUGCCGCUGUCAUCAGCAUGCCCACCCCGCCCGUGACCACUCCCGAGGGCGGAGACUUGGCCAGCUGUCCCGACUUCUUGCAAAGCAACAUUGUCAGAGUGUCAGCAUUAUAGACCAUGACCAUUAUCCGUUUUUGUUUUUGGCGAGUGGACGCUGCAGCAUAAAGGAUUGAUGGAGCCCCCUAGUGUAGUGGAGGAGGCAUUGCAGCAGGAUGGGCCAUAGCUGGACUUUUUUUUUAAUCAGCUCCCGUCCAGAGCUCUCAGCUCCAUCAGCUCCACCUCUUGGCCCAUAUGUCAUGUGACUCACACCGGGGUCCAAUAGGCUUUCACUCAACCCAUAGAGGAAAACAAUGACCAUUGUGGUUGUUACCACUUCUAUGAUUUUUAAGUAUUGUGUGUCUUUGAAUUUGUUGUCUUCAAUUUGAUGGAAUUGCGAGAUAUUUGGGACGAAUAAGGAGUGUACCAGCAGGGGCAGGAUUUUACAAGCUUUUAGACAGCUCUACACACACUUUUGAUACUAAAAAAAAGUAAAGCUGGGCUCUACUGGAGUGUGCGGUCGACUGCUUUUGUGUGCGUAUGAUCGAGACCGAUCUCUUGCAUGAUUUGCGUAAGUCUUUGUCUUUUUCCAAUUCGGCAUGAGCAAUAAGGUUUGGCUCUCUCUGUCAGAAUGUGCGUUUUACUUGUCAAUAAUUUGCCUAGUUAUAUAGUGUUGAUCUUUCGAACCCAACGAGUGUGUGAAAACAGCUGUUUUGUUGCUUUCUGAGAGAUUGGCCUGGUGAUAAACAGAGAAAAUCUUCUCUCACACUGUCUGUCCCACCCAUGUUGUGUUCACUCCUUGCCUGGCCUGAUGGGAUGUUUGUUAUACUUCUUUUUUCGGUGGAUGGGUACAAAGUGAAGCUAAACGGAAAGGGAAAUGUCUUUUGUGUUUCAAUAGAUUUGACUUUCUCACACUGACAGUGGAGGCUUUUGGACUUGAUCUCAAAUACUAGCCAUUCCGUUUUAUACUCCAAAGUUUGCGAGUUAACUGUGAAAAAAAAUAACGUGCUUAUUUAUUAUCUUUGUUAAAAUUAUUGUGCAUGUUGUCGUGGACAUGUGAAACGGGCCAGCCCUGACCAGAGCAUAGCCCGCCCAGAACUUUUUUUUUUCUUUCCUUCUUUGCCUUCCCUUUAAAGUGAUGUACUUUUAUCAGCAAACAUCCUCACUAAGACCUGCUGUUAUUGCUGGAUAAUGGCAUCAAGUUGUGAUUGAUGACAUAUUGAAAAUCAAUCAGCUUCUAAGUGCUGUUUUGGAGAUUAAUUAUUUUAUCAUUGUGAUCAACCGAUCCCGCUUAGUGUUGAAUUUAAAAGCGCGAAUCUCACAAAAUCAUUUUCAGGUUCGUUUCGCACCAAAAUCAAAAGAAAAUAAACUAUAUUUUGCAUAAAAUUGUUUUAAAAAUAAUAUAAAAACAUUUUAAUGACAAUUAAGCACACUUUACACAUUCUCAUUACCAUAAUAAAGCUAGGCGUUUCAUUUUUUGUAAUUUGCAUUCUCAGUUACUGUAACAGUAUUUUUAAAGGUACUAUAACAAAUGUGAAAAGCUUCAUAAUGAUUAUAAAAAUCCUUCAAAAUGUAAAUGAUAUCAUUGCAGUAAUAAAUUCUAUUUUGCAUUACAGUAAUGUUUUGGGGGUGUAAGGUGCCUAAUUGUCAUUAAAAACAAUGCACAAAAUUGUGCAGAAAUAUGUCUCUGAGAUUUAUCCAAAAUUUAUUAUUAUUGAUUAAAUAGUAUUUAAAAAAAAAAAAAUGUGCACCUGAAAUAUUAUUGAUCUCUUCUCUGCCAUUUAAUGUCUGGACUUUAGUCUAUAAUGUUGAUAUUUUUUAUACAGAUGUCAAUGCAAUUUGAUGUGGUGAGGAGCUCUUAAUGCACCUUGCUCAAUACACACACAAACAUACUCUUUCUCUCUCUCUCUCUCUCUCUCUCUCACACACACACACACACACACACACACACACACACAGCACUGCCCUCCUGCUCAAUGCCUGAACCCAUUCUUGCUUUACCAUGUGACUUAUGCAACAAGAUUCCUUUUGUAAAGAUAUGCUUUGUAUUAAAGGGGUUACUGGGGGAAUAGAAUCUCACAAAUGCAUAUUUUUAAAACUCAAAUGGUGUUGAUUAUAUAUUAUAAAUGUAUUUCAGUUGUAAAAUACAACAAAAAAAAGAAGAAGAAAUCAAGAUGAAAACAGAAAACUAAGAGAGAGUGUUACUAGUGCACCUGUGCUGUAAAUUUGUUCUUUGGUGUAGUGAAAUUUAUUACAGUUUCUUCUUUUCACCUAAUUUCCAUGGACAGAAAAUUUGAUGUCUCACAGUUUACUUUCCGGAUCGGCGACGACAAAGGCUGGACCAUCUGUUUAGGUUUGGAGAUUUUAUUUUUUCCUGUUU